UUCGAGAUUAGCGGCGAGAACGUCCUACGUCCAUUUUGUUUGGAAGUUACAGAAGAAGAAGAAAAUGAAUGUUCAAAGAGGUAUUGUUUGUCUAGCACGCUAUGGACGUCAGUUUACUAGUAGUUCCAAAAUGUUGAAAGAACCCGAAUUUGCAAUUCGUCAGAAGAAGAAACUCAAAGAAUUGCAAAAAAGAUAUGCGAUUGAUGAUGGUGUUCCAAUGCAUCUGAAGGGAGGUGCUAUUGAUCGUGUUUUGUAUGGAACCACUUUAGCUUUGUGUGCUGUGGGAACAGUUUAUUGUUUUUAUACAAUUUAUGAAUUAGCACAACCGAAAAAGAAUUAGUAUGAGGUUGUGAAAAAUUAGCUACUUGAAAGAAAUUAAUUAAAUCAAAUAUGAAAAUAUUAUAGUUUAAAUAUUAUCUGUCAGCUUAAAAGCUGAAAAGAAAUUUGUAAAGUUUGUGAGAUGUAGUUAAUUAACAAUAAAUUAUCAAGGAAAAUUCAGUCAUUGAUAUUUCUGUUAAUAAGAAUUAAUCCUAAUUCAUGAUUAUGUCUCAUAUAAAGUUCAAAAACAGUACAUUAUAAUUAGUUGUUAUUUCUUGAAUUUAACAAGUACACAGUAGAAUUGUGAGUGUCCUGAUCUCAAUUGGUUGACCCUGUCAUUUGGAUGCAGUCUGAAAAUAUAUGUAUAGUAUGCUUCUUUUAUCCCUAUCUCUUAUUAGGAAGUAUGUGACUGUUCUGUAAGGAGGAUGAAUAGGAGACAGUGACAUGUUACAUGUUCAUUUUUGAAUUAUGUUUUUUCAACAGAAAAGUCUGAACAGUAAAAUAGAUCCAAAAAGCCAUAGAAAAUGGGUAGUUUGACAAUAGUGACUAAAAAGAAUUUUAGUCUGUGUAAAUUUCUGUCAAAUUUGCACAACUUUUGUUCUUUUCUAGAAUAGGAAUAUUAACAGUUUCUGAAAUAAAGAAAAUAAUACUGAUAAAAUGGCUACAAAGUUUAAGUUUUGCUUCUAAACAGUGUGGUCUAGGGAAAAGGAAGAAACUCAAAAAAGUUGAAAAUCCAAAAGUAGAAGCAUUGUACUUCUGGUUUGUGCUAGAACAUAGGAAAGGUUUGCCAAUUAGUGGACAAAUAUCCAAGAAAAGCAAAAUUUAUGGAAAAAUUACUGGAAGAACCAAUGCAAGUGAAGGCUAGCUACAAAUCAAAUCAUAUUUUGGUGUUCAAAUUCCGAUUAUUUGUGGUGAGAGACUUACAGGUGAUUUUAACCAUUUUUUCCUGUUAAGAGGAAUUAGAAAAAUCUUUCAGUGAAGCAAUUUGUAAUGCUGAUGAAAGCAGCCUUUACUUAAGAAAGCUUCCAAACAAAACUUUAGUGAAUUUCCAUGAAGCUCAAGUACAAGGAUUCUAUUCCAUAAAGAAAAACUCAUCAUCAUAGUUUGUGCAAAUGCUUUCAGAACACAAGGUGAAGCUCCUACUCAUCAGAAAAUCAAAACCAUUCUGGAAACUUAAAUCUCAAUCUUUUUUUUUUACUUUAUGAUUUUUAUGCAUGGAAACCCAAAGAAUAAUAUUUAAUUCAUCUCAACCUUGUUCAACAUUUUUACUAUUGUUUCUGUUAGGACAAGUCAAAUGAAAGUGAGCCAAUAUAAAUUAUUCAAAAACAUGCCUGUAUUAAAAGUAAUGACCACUGUCAUUGAGGUGUUUGUUCCACUACGUAGCAAGUUUGGUAAUUCCAUGCUCUUAGAAGUCCUUUGAUUUCUGCUUUAGGAAGUUAUGAUCACAUGCACUUCUGUAAUCAAUAUAAACCUGUAAUCCUUCAAGUGCUUCAAUUCACCAAAAACAUGAAGUUGCAUGGUAAAAGGUCUGGACUGUAAGGUGGUGUUGCAGAAUUUCCCAUUUGAAGUUCUCAAGCUUGUCACAAGUUUGGGAUUGUGUCAGUCUUGUAAUGUCAUCAAGAGGAUCACCAUCACCAUCUGACAAGACUUAUUCUUGAUUGUGUGCAGAAUUAAUGCAGUGUUUCACCAUACAGCCUGAACUUCUUACCAUAUUACUUUCAUGUGUUCUGUGAAUUAUUGAAGAGGCACUGAAGUGAUAGUUUCACCACAUUCAGAAGUGCAAAUAAAAAUAAUGAGAACGA